GGUUGGUGUGUGUGUGCGAGCUGAGGCUGGGCGCUCCGAUGCUGCUCCAGCUCCGGAGUGUGUAACGGAUCUGUCGUUUCAAAGUACGGGAAAGAGACGUCAAAAUUGUUUCUGGUAGCCGUGGCCGCCGCCGUUGCUGUUUUAUUACUGCGUUAUUGAAACGAUGCAGUCCCAGGGCAGCACUUCCUCCCAGCCCUCCUUCGACUCGCUCAGCUCCAGUGACAGCUUCUUGUUCAGUGACUCGGAGCAGGCGGAGGACGACACGGACGUCUUCCUGACUGACAGCUCCCCCUCCGUCAUCAUCAGCGGAGCGGGCGGGGCCACGACUGACCAAGGAGGGGGAUCAGAAAGCCCUGGGUCCCAGUGGGCGUGCGACAGCUUCACCGACAAAGAGGAAGAGGAGGAGUCAGACAGGUCGGAGAGCAGCAGCGGGGCUCACAUCAGGGUGGAUGAGACGGAUACCGCCAGCCACAGCCCGAAGUCCCAGGGAGACCUGCUGUUUGCCCAGAAGUGUGCUGAGCUGCAGGGUUUUGUCAGGCCUCUGCUGGAGCUGCUGAAUGGACUGAAGAGGGGACGAUUCGACCGUGGUCUGAGUAGUUUCCAGCAGAGUGUUGCCAUGGACCGAAUCCAGAGGAUUGUAGGGGUUUUACAGAGACCCAACAGCGGGGAGAAGUACCUGAACACCCUGCUGCAGGUGGAGAUGAUGUUGAAGCUUUGGUUUCCUCAGAUCCCCACCCACUCUGUCCCUGCAGCAUCCAGCUCCGCCACAACCCCAGAUCUCUCUGUCCAAGACAUACCUAGAUCCACCCCUCCACACAAGCACAGGGAUCAGCUGCAUAUUCCUGUCAAGAAGCGCAGACUCAGCUGGACAGGCACAGACUCCCCCACACCUUCCCCCGUGCUCCCCAAGUGCCCUCGCACCAAUGAAGAAGAGAAGAGUGAGAAGCAAGAAGGUGUUGAAGGGGAGUGUCCUCCUCCUUCACUGCCACAAGAUGCACUUCAAAACCCACAGGAUGCAGGCAGUGACAGCCAGCUAAAGGAGGACAGAAAGGGAAAGGACAAUGACAGUAAGGAAAGAGGCAAGUCAUCCAACUACAAGGCAGGCCAAUGCUCUGAACCAAGUCUGACAUGGGUCCAUGUUGCCCCCAUCUUGUCCCCACCAAAGGCGUGCCUCUCACACAAGGGCACGUCAGCGGCAGGUAACAAUGAAAACCAGCCUGUUAAUGGUGCUGCACUCCCUCCCAGCAGCAGGGGCAGCCCAGCUACGCAAGACAGCUCCAUCUCCUCCACCACACCCUACAAGCACCCUAAAAAUCAAAAGAAUCCAAUCCGGUGCCAAAGCCAGCCUGUUGCUGGGCAACAGAGUGAGACCUUAGAGACCUGCCAGGGCCAAAGUGCGUCUCCUCCAGUCACACUUCAGCCUUUGCCCAAGGUUUGCCCCGCCCCUGUAGAGACCUGAUGCACUAAGCAUGCGCAAAGCCAGCAGUCUAGCUUUAGUACAUCACCAGGCUUAAGCUGCUGUGAGAGGAAGAGGGGAAGAGGCUGAAGGGCUACGAUUAUAGAGGCACAUAAGAGAGGAAGGAGGGAAGGGUAUUAGGUGCUUUGGUGUGGGAGGCAAUGUGUGAAGUGAUGGAUCACAAGCAACCCCCUAUCAAGUGAGGACUACAGCUACAGCAGCUGUUUCAAAUAACUGGACAAAAUACGGUUAUAUGAAAAUCUGCAUUCAAAUCUGUAUUGAUAAUCAGGAUUCCAAAAUCAUCUAAAUAUUUGCACAAAAGUGGCUGUGGUUAAGGGGGUUGAUGAGAAACGCUUAGAGCCCAAAGGCUGUUUACAGAUUACUGAAUACUCAUCAAGUCUUUAAAUGAUCUGCCACGAAAGAGAGACUGGCAAGAAUUUGGAAGAGCAACCAACAGUUUUUCCUGGCACCAAAAGAAUCAUAAUAUCAGAGAUUGAGAAGUUGAGAGUAGAUGCUCCAUUUGCGAACUGGUGAAUUCAUGUCAAAAUUAAGCAUGAACGCUUCAGAGGUUUAUUGUGAUGGGAAGAGUAUAGCUCAAGUCAUAACUCCAGAUAGGAUUCAAUCCAGAGAGUCAAUCUGAGCAAACUGUACUUGAUUCUAGUGUUUUGGCAGCAGACGAGAAUGACAAUAUCUUUGCUUGUAGAUAGAGAUGAGCUGUCUUCAAGAGGAGUGGUGACAAAGCAAAGUCAUUCAAAAAUCUUAUAGCUAGUGAUAUGAGAACUACAGUGUACAGAGCACAGCACCUGUGUGUGGUGUGUGAGGAGUCAGUGGGGACCAUGGAAAAAAUGAUGUCAUCAACCCAAGAAUGUAAUCCAAGAAGGGUUUGGGCACUGAGCUUGCAAAUAUGUGGCAAUGUUUCAAGAGAAGUGACAUCACAGCGAUCAGAGGUCACAAGUUUUCGAGUCAUGCUGCGGGUCCGACGUUUCCUCCCAGUCCCAAAUUCUCUCGGGAGGUGGGGGGGUCGCAAACUCAAUUGCAGUCAGUGUCCUGAAACUCCAAGGAAGAAUUUGAAGACCAGCCUGAAAUAAUGACCACUCAAAGAUAGAUGACUCUUGAGUCCCACAGUUAAUUUAUUCAUGUGUUGAUCUGACGCUGCAUUUAUUUAUUGUUUGUAUUUAUUUAUUGGGCAGCUGAGUUUUGCCUACUGUGCGCUGGCAUAGAUUGGCCUACAGUUUUGAGCAGCAGCUUGGGAGAUGCUGUAUCAGUUUGUUUGUGGUUUUUACUGCUAUCAUGAGGAAAAAAGAAGGAAAUUAAAAAUAAUGAUUGGACUACUGUGCCUUUACCAAAUAGGAUGUGUUCAGAAAAGCAUUUGGUGCUUUCAGUGCAUUCAUAUUGCAUUUGAUUGUUUGCUUGUAUUUCACACAAACCAAUACACAGUAAAUCACAAAAGCCUACACGUAGUCUUCAUUCUCAUCUUCUGUUUGUCCGUUGGGCAAAGUUACUAUACAGAGAGCUGACACAGACAGCAACAUAAACAAUCGACUGCUUCCAAGCCAAUAGCCAGUUAUAGUAUUCCGAUGUCUACAUCAAAACUGCCUACCACAUUUCCACAUAUACCAACAGCAGUGGCUAAUUUCCGUCAUGUAGUAUGAGAGUGUACCCUUCUUUGGGCCUUUUCAUUUGGUUCUGCUGAAUAAAUGAAUAAACUUAACUGCACUUAUCUGGUGCUCUUGAAAACUUGAAAAACAGAGGAGGAAACAACGAAAGGGAAGAAAUCUUUAUUUUGCACCAAUAUCAUCUGCUGCUAUUGUACUCUACUUCCAAUUCUAAUCUCUUUAUUUGGAAAUCUGCUCCCAAUAUUCUUAUAAAUGUAGCACGGGGAUUUAGUGAUGUGAUUGGGUUCACCUAUACUGGAAAAAUAUUGUACAUAUUACCCUAAAAAAAAUAUUUUUAAAUUGGUGUGAGUGGUUAAUAAUCUAUUUACCUGACUAGAUAGGGGAGAUAUCUUCUGUAAAGUAUUAGUGAGAUAUAUGUACCAGACUCCUCCAAUGAGCACCACAUCUGAACACAGAGCCACUGGCAGCCUCCAUGUUACUGUCCAUGUUUUGGAAAAAGGAGUGUAGAAGCCCUCGGCCACCGACCCGGGGUCAGACUGUCCUAUCCCAUUUGAACUUUAAGCAUGAUGGUAUAACGUGUAAGACACUGACUCUAGAUAAGUGGCUGAGGGUGCCUUCCAGCUCGCUCCUGUUUUUAUAUAGUUGUGGUAUGACAGAGAAACCGAUUGCACUUAUUUUUCUUUGUUGAUGUCUUUUUUCAUGUAUGUUUUCUACUGCAGCGACCACUGCUGAUUGGUCAGAAAUAAUAUGUCUUGUUUAUUUUAACUGCCUUCUUUAAUGUUGUAAAAGCUGACUGUAGUUCCCUUCUCCACCCCUCCUUCCUUCCCUCCCUCCCUCCCGCCUCUCCUCCCCUCCCCCACUCUGCUGCAUUCAUCUGCCCUUGCCCUCUCCCUGAUUCUCUCCAUCUCCCACAAUCCCUUACUAUCUUUCCUUCCUCUUUCUAACUCUGUCUUUGUCUCACCCCAUCUUUACAUGAUAUUACUC